UUGAGACUGGAGGGGGCUGGCGAGAGACGGGAUGGCUUAGAAGCCUCUGCGCACAGGACCCACGCAGGGAGAGGCUCUCCGCAGAGUCCGAGGCAGCCCGAGAUGGCUAGUGCUGGAGGGUCCCCUCCAGGGCCCUAGCUCCCCUGCACCGCCUUGGAGGGACACCCUAGAAGUUAGCAUCAGUGGGACUUGGAAGCUCCGAUCUCAACAAUCAUGGCUGGCGAUUCUAGGAAUGCCAUGAACCAGGAUAUGGAGAUUGGGGUCACUCCCAGGGACCCUAAGAAGAUUCCCAAACAGGCCCGAGAUUACAUCCCCAUUGCCACCGACCGCACGCGCCUCCUGUCAGAGGGCAAGAAGCCGAGGCAGCGCUACAUGGAGAAGAGCGGCAAGUGCAACGUCCAUCACGGCAACGUCCAGGAGACCUACCGCUACCUGAGCGACCUCUUCACCACCCUGGUGGACCUCAAGUGGCGCUUCAACCUGCUUGUCUUCACCAUGGUCUACACCAUCACCUGGCUGUUCUUCGGGUUCAUCUGGUGGCUCAUUGCUUACAUUCGGGGUGACCUGGACCACGUCGGGGACCGGGAGUGGAUCCCUUGUGUAGAGAACCUCAGCGGCUUCGUGUCUGCUUUCCUGUUCUCCAUCGAGACGGAGACCACCAUCGGGUACGGCUUUCGGGUGAUCACCGAGAAGUGUCCGGAGGGCAUCGUCCUCCUGCUGGUCCAGGCCAUCCUCGGCUCCAUCGUCAACGCCUUCAUGGUGGGGUGCAUGUUCGUCAAGAUCAGCCAGCCCAAGAAGAGAGCUGAGACCCUCAUGUUUUCCAAUAACGCCGUCAUCUCACUUCGAGACGAGAAGCUGUGUCUCAUGUUCCGGGUGGGUGACCUCCGCAACUCGCACAUCGUGGAGGCCUCCAUCCGCGCCAAGCUCAUCAAGUCCCGGCAGACCAAGGAGGGCGAGUUCAUCCCCCUGAACCAGACCGACAUCAACGUGGGCUUCGACACAGGGGAUGACCGCCUCUUCCUGGUUUCCCCGCUCAUUAUCUGUCACGAAAUCAACGAGAAGAGCCCUUUCUGGGAGAUGUCACGGGCCCAGCUGACCCAGGAGGAAUUCGAGGUCGUGGUCAUCCUGGAAGGGAUGGUGGAGGCCACAGGCAUGACUUGCCAAGCACGGAGCUCCUACAUGGAUACCGAGGUGCUCUGGGGCCACCGGUUCACACCAGUCCUCACCUUGGAAAAGGGCUUCUAUGAAGUGGACUACAACACGUUCCACGACACCUAUGAAACCAACACGCCCAGCUGCUGUGCCAAAGAGCUGGCAGAAAUGAAGCGGGAAGGCCGGCUCCUGCAGUACCUCCCCAGCCCUCCACUUCCAGGCGGCUGCGUUGGAGCAGAGCUGGGUGCAGAGGCGGAGCCAGAGGGAGAGGAAGAGCCUGAGGGUCUGAGUGGGUCCCAGGAGACCAAGGGCUCUGCGUGAGGAUGGCACUCUCCCCGUGACCUCCCCUCAUUCCCCUCUGUGCUCCCUUCUCAUGAGCACAGAGGCUGCAGGGCUGGGGUUGAAGGGCUGAGUGGGCUGGGUUGUGUGAAUGUGCUGAGUGUGCUGUUUUGGGGGUGGGGGUGGCCUUUAAGGCUCUGUGGGGAAGAGUAGUAACCGAGUCCUGGCACCUCCCAGCCCAGGAUCUAUUGGAGCAGGUGGUUUCCAGCUGGUCCCCAUGGCAGUGCUGUCUCUCCUCCCCAGCCUCUGUCACAUGGGGUAAGAGCCAGACCAGGAGGGCUUGUCUCACAGUGAAACACCCAGGUGGCCUCUGUCCUAACACCUCUCUCUGCCAACUGGCCCAGAUCACCUUCCUCUUGGGGUUUCACAGCCCAACCAGCAGCCUCCUCCCGCUGAGGGCUGACACCUAGAGAAGGCUGCUGCCCCCUUCCCCUCAUUCUGGCCAUCGUGGAGCCUGUUGUGGUUUCAGGGUGGGAGACUCCUCCAAUCUGGAAACUCCAAUCCCCGGUCCCCAGGGUAGCUCACAGACCUCAGUCGUUCAGGUCACAUAGAGUCCCUUGCAAAUCUGCCACCAGUGACCACUCAGAGCACUAAGGCCCUCACCGCUGGAUCUCAGCAUUACCUGUGAAGUGUGUGCUUUCCUGCUGUGUUCUGCAGGUCCUAUGUAGCCUGCAGACCACUGCUCUCCUUAGGGUGACGUUUAGUCGGGGUCACUUCCUAGCCGCCCCAGCCAUACCGUGCCUGCACCUCCCACCAAAGAGAGAACCCCAGCAGCUGGACCUGUGCUAGGACAUCUGGCCCCAAGAAUCUCAAAGUGCUUCUCACCUUCACU